UGGGAGGACGUGAUGGCCUCACCGAAGCGCUCCUCCAGCUCGCCCCGUGACCGCGAGAAGUCCACGACGGUGGAACACCACGUUACGUUUCGCGACGGCUGGGUCCAGGAUGAUUUGGAGGCCUCCGAGGCCGCGGUGGAAUCUUCCGCAAUAGAGAAGGACUUCGCGUUCGAAGACCUGUGUCGACAGGAUCUUGAUUACCUGGCUGAUGUGCAGAUCGAAGAAGAUGUAUUGGACACGCUCGUCACUGAUAAAUUAGCAGGGGAGCCGCCGCUGGGGCGCCUGUACCAUUCCACCCCCGACCUGUACGGAGGUCACCCGCGCGCUCCUCAUCGCAGUGAGGUCACACUCUCGCCGCCGUUCGCGUUUCGAACGGCCGGAGGAGGGGAGCUGACCAUGCGACCCCUGCGACACUGGAGGUCAGCGCGCGAGCUGACCCCGGAGCAGCGCGUCUUGCUGCUCCGUCCCUGGAGGCCAUGGUACCCGUCUGACCUGGACCAAGGCCAGCGGGUGGCUGUCCUGGCAGGAGGACAGGUCCUCAAAGGCGACAUCAGCCAUGUAUGGACUGCCGGGGGCCAAACGAUGGUCAGCGUUGAGACAGACAGAUGGGGAGGCAUGACGGUACCGUUCGAGAAGGUGCUGAUGGUUUGGUGACCUCAGUGCUCACCGCCCGACCAUGUCGGAGAUGGUGACGGUCUGCCAGCCACGUCUGAGAUGGUGACGGUCUGCCAGCCACGUCUGAGAUGGCGACGGUCUGCCAGCCACGUCGGAGAUGGUGACGGUCUGCCAGCCACGUCGGAGAUGGUGACGGUCUGCCAGCCACGUCGGAGAUGGUGACGGUCUGCCAGCCACGUCGGAGAUGGUGACGGCCUGCCAGCCACGUCUGAGGAGCCUGCCGGAGGGUCAAGCCUGCACUCAGACUGAUACCAGCCCGCCAUAUCUGAGGAGCCUGUCAGAGGGUCCAGCCUGCACUGCACCAUGCGGCAUCUGAAGUCGCUUCAGCAGUCUGAAGGAACUUUCAGAGCCGAGCACAUGGUACGUAAGUAUGGUGCCUAUAUGUGCGCGUGUCGCUGUUUCCAUACAGUCGUCGCGAGCCGCCACAAACUAAGAUGGCCGUAUCCUGAGUUUUGGAGCCGUCUGGACCCACA